AAAAUAAUUACUCUUUAUUGUGCGUUUCUCUUUUUUUUUUGUUCUACAAAAGUUGUGUCCCAAAAUUUACUGCCAGCAUUAAAAAUAUGUAGUGAAUGAAACAUAAAUUAUAGAUUUUUAGGGAAUUUGUAACAUAACCAUACCACAAGUAUGAACAUAACCUAUUUUACUCCAAACAUAGAAAGUGCAGAUAAAACAAACAGAUCUCAGGACUGCUUGUUUUAUUGAUGUUUUCAGCUCUCUUAUCGUCCUCUUCGUAUUUUUCUUUUAGUACUUGAAUAUAUUUUGUUUGAAGUACACAAAGUGCAAGAUAGUACAGAUAAAAACAUCUAACAUAUAACGGCAAUACAUUCUUGGCAGUUGCACUUUUCAUCCUUUCUCUUUUUCUCUCUAAUGCUUAAUUAUAUAAUUAUCUUAUUUUGAGCGCAGAAAGUGCAAUGUAAUGUAGCAACGAAGAAUAGCGUACAGAACAGUAUAGAACCUCAUGACCUCAUAUGAUAGCACGUGUCACCGUGCCACUUGCUGCCGAUCAGCAUAUAUCGGCGUCGCAGUACUCAAUGGAAACCUGGACUGGUUUCUGCAUCAGAUCUGUCAUCAACGAUAUCGUUUUCCACCUUACUGGUGAUACUCAUAAAAAUUCUUCGCUAAUCAAAUUGAAUAGCGAAAACCUGCUGGCAAAUGGAGAGUUAUAUUUCCUGUGCAAUUUCAAAGCAUGGAGAAAUUUUCUGGUCUGUUCCACGAGUUGUACAAGUAUUCUGCAACAUUUUGCACACACACAUGGUGCGAUGAAAGGCGACACAGACGCGGAUGUGGCUGAAGAGAUUUUUGAACAAUUAAUAACAAAGAGUAGCAGCUGGCCAAUAAGGAUACAAAGAUGUAUGUUGCAAAAAGAAAGAGUCUGUUUGUUCCUAAAUCAAGGAGAUAUUAUUGCAAACAGUAUAAGGAUGGCCAUUGAAUGUGGGGCGACAUUUGGAAAGGCUGAAUCGACUGGUAAAGCAUUUAUAUUAAAGUACCAGCCUGAUGGACAAUCGGAUCUUACUACUCAAAGAUUGCGUCUAAUGAAGAACAUUGCUGCAAAGGCAUUGUAUCUACAUGGACAUACAUUAUCAGCUGGUGAAAAUUGUACCAGCAAAUAUAUGUUCACCAGCAAAUCAGAGGGAUUGGUUGAUGAAGGAUACAAGAAGUAUGUCUGUGGGGUUGUGAAAAACUCCCAAUCAAAUUCAAAAGAAACAUGUUUAACAUGGGAGCUAUAUGUUAAAUACAAAAUGGAUCAAUUAGCCGAAUUGAGUGAGCAUAAAUUUAUUGAAGGCGAGAAGAACAAUGUAAAAGAUUUUUUCUUGCGCAACUUAGCCAAUGCCAUUGUUAUUUUCGAAUUAAUGGCUGUGAAACCAAGUCGAUCAGUUAUUAUUAGGACUAAUGAUUUUGAAACUGACAGAAGCAUUACAAAUACCAGAGGUGCAUCAUUUGCAUUGUACAACACUGCCAGGAUAGCAACAAUUUUAACAAAACACAAUGAAAAGGUAUUGCGUGGGGAUUAUCCUAAAUUGCCAGAUAUAAAAAAUGUAGAUUUCUCGCAGUUACAAGAAGAAGAAGAAUGGGAACUCAUAUAUAAUUUUAUCUUCGGAUAUCCGGAAAUGAUAAAUAAUUGCCUGAAGUAUGAACCAAGUUUUCAUAUUCAUCCUCAAGUUGUAUGUCUGUUUUUAUCACGAUUAUGCCAAAAAUUUAGUGUCUACUACCGAAAAAUCAGAAUUUUAACAGAAGGAGGUGAUCACUUGAUUCCUAAGAUGGUCGCAAGAUUGUACAUGUUGCGUGCACUGCAAGUUGUGAUUGAGAAUGCAUUGGAUAUUUUGGGCAUCAAGCCAGUGUCGCGAAUGUAAACUGAUUUCACAAAAAAGAAUUUGAAUUUAUAUUUAUCUUAAUAAAAAGAAAUAAAGUUGUUACGUUUCUAUGUUUAAAA